CCUUCGUGAAUCAGUGAAUGUCACUCAGCAUCAGAAGCAAACAAAGCCUUAGCUUCUUCAAAAAUCAAAACCCAAACCAAAUCCCUAGCUCCUUCAACGGUUCCGCCGCCGCCGGCCGUGGUUGUCGACGCCUCCGCGGCCUCCUCCUUCCCCCUGUUCAAACCCAGACCCUCUCUUGUAGCUUGGCACAUCAUCCAUGCUGCGGUGGCUUCUCUGUUUGAGGCUUCGAGCUCCUCGCCGUUGUGUCGCCGUCGUCUCGCUGUUGUCUCUUCGUCGUCCUGCUCGCCGUCGAAGUUGGACUGGUUGGACCAGUAAACCAGUGACUAGAGCAGUUCGAUGACCCGUCCCGGUUCUCAGAACCUUGCUGAAAACGCAUUUGCCCUUCUCCACUUCUCCCCAAAACAAAAAGAAAGCUGAAGCCUAAGGCUUAGAAACCCUAGCUUCUCCACCACCGCCGCAAGGGCUGCCGCUGUCCAUCGUGCCCAGGCACCACCGUCGCAUGGACUGCUGCAAGGAUUGCCACCGCUCGUCCGUCGCAGCUUCUUCCUUGAGCUCGGUGUCAGUCCCUGGUGUUCAUCUGCUCCAUCGCACUCCUGCCGUCGUCCGGCGCACUCCUGCCGUCGUCCGGCGCACUCCUGCUGCCGUCUGCCGCGCUCAGGCAUCGUCUUUGUCUGGUCGUGGUGCUCGAAGUCCCCAACCCACCAAUCGCAGCUUCUUCAUCGAGCUCGGCGUCUUCGAGUGUGCUCUUCGUUUGCUCAACUGCAGGACUGCCGCCGUCCGUCGUCGUUCUCGUCGUCUGGGCUCCGUCUCCGUCGCACUUCUGCCUCUCUGCUCAGACUGCUUAGAAGUCAGAACCAAGGAAACAACUAUCAUUUGUGUCCAACUAUGGCAUUGCCUAUUUGGAGCGUCUGACCAAAACUGGCUAGGCUGAGAGAGUUUCAUGUUGAGUUCAGUUGCCACUUCACGAUCUUCGAUUCUGACUGAACACUGUUAUUCCCUCCCAUGAACAUGUUCUACACAAGAAGACCAUUCUCCUCCUCUUCUUCUUCUUGCUCCUCAAAGAACCAUUCACUCCAAACGUUACUGAAGCGUGGAUUCACACCAACCCUGAAAUCCAUCAACAUAUUCCUCCUCUCCCUCCUCCGCCACCGCAAGUUCAACCUCAUCAUCCACCUCUUCACCUCUGCCACACUCAUCCCCACUAACCCUACCACCCACUCCAUCCUCACAUGGGCACUCCUCCAUUCUAGAAGCUUCCAAGAUGCCGAGAAUCUCAUCUUAACUCACUUCACCCAUUCCCAUCCUCGCAUCUGGGACACACUCAUCCGUACCCACCAUGACCCUGAAAGGGCACUCUUUCUUCUACGCUAUUGCCUCCAAAACGGUGCCGUUUUGCCCUCUCCUCUCACUUUCUCUUCUCUUAUUCACAGGCUCUCUUCUCAGGGGGACCUAGGCAUGGCAAUGGAGGCGCUGGAGAUCAUGACAGAUCAUAGGGUAAGGUACCCUUUUGAUGAUUUUGUUUGUAGCUCCGUGAUUUCUGGGUUUUGUAGGAUUGGGAAGCCUGAACUUGCGUUAGGGUUUUAUGACAAUGCUGUGGGUUCUGGGGCACUGUUGAGGCCCGGCUUGGUUACUUUAACUGCAAUUGUUGGUGCACUUGUUAGGUUGGGGAGGCUUGAUGAGGUUUGUGGUUUGGUUAGGAGGAUGGAGGAGGAUGGGAUUGGUUUGGAUGUUGUUUUGUAUAGUGUUUGGGUUUGUGGGUAUGUUAAAGGGAAUGACUUGGUGGAGGUUUUUCGAAAGAUGAGGGAAAUGGUGGUGGUGAAGGGUAUCGAUCAUGAUCAUGUGAGUUAUACUAUACUCAUUGAUGGGUUUUCUAAGUUAGGCGAUGUGGAGAAGUCAUUUGGGAUCUUGGCUAAGAUGAUAAAGGAAGGGAAGAGACCCAAUAAGGUCACUUACACUGCAAUAAUAUCUGCUUAUUGUAAGAAGGGUAAAGUUGAGGAAGCACGUGGUGUUUUUGACAGGAUAGGUGAGUUGGGAAUUGAGUUGGAUGAGUUUGUGUAUGCAGUUUUGAUUGAUGGAUAUUGUUGGAUUGGAGAUUUUGGUAGUGUCUUUAAGCUAUUUGUUGAAAUGGAGAAAAGAGGGGUUAGUCCUAGUGUUGUUACGUAUAAUACCAUAAUAAAUGGUUUGUGCAAGUUCGGGAGGACGUCUGAGGCGGAUGAGUUAUCAAAAGAUGUGGCUGCAGAUGUGAUUACGUACAGCACGUUGUUGCACGGUUAUACCGAAGAAGAGAACACUCCGGGGAUUUUGCAGACAAAGAGGCGACUAGAAGAAGCUGGAAUCGCCAUGGAUAUCAUAAUGUGGCCGGAAAUGGGUCUGGUUCCGAAUUCCGUUACUUAUUGCACAAUGAUUGAUCAGUAUUGCAAGGUAGGUAGAAUUGACGAGGCACUUGUGGUAUUUGACGACUUCAGAAAAACAUCAUUCUCUUCACCUGUAUGCUACACUAGUAUUAUUCAUGGCCUCUGCAAGAAGGGUAUGGUAGAAAUGGCCAUUGAGGCAUUAGUCGAACUCAAUGAUAAAGGACUGGAGUUAAGUAGAUAUACAUUUAGGAUGUUAAUGAGGACAAUUCUCACUGAAAAGGGUGCAAAAGAGGUUUUAGAUUUAGUUUACACAAUGGAAGGAUUGGGCCAAGACUUAUAUGAGUCAGUAUGUAAUGAUGCGAUCUUUUUAUUAUGCAGAAGAGGAUUUCUUGAGGAUGCAUAUCGCUUGUGCUUGAUGAUGAGAAAGACAGGUUUAUACGUUACAAGAAAUUCUUAUUAUUCUGUUUUGAGAAGCUAUCUUAGUAACAGGAAUAGGGAGCACAUGCUGCCCCUAUUGAAUAUCUUUCUAAAAGAAUAUGGCCUAGUUGAUCCAAUGAUGCGAAGGAUACUAGCAUGCUACCUAUGUUUAAAAGAUAUCCAUAGUCCCCUUCAAUUUAUGGGAAAAACAAUCUCUCUUCCUGUCUCCAUCCUCAGGAUUCUGAUAAAGGAAGGUAGAGCUUUAGAUGCAUAUAAGCUUGUGGUAAAGACUCAAGAUAGUUUACAAGUCAUGUAUGCUGAUUAUGCCAUUCUGAUUGAUGCCUUAUGCAAGGGAGGAUAUCUCAAUAAAGCAUUGGAUCUUUGUGCCUUCGUUGAAAAGAAAGGGAUCACUUUGGACAUAGUUGUAUAUAAUUCUAUAAUAAAUGGAUUGUGCCAUGAGGGACGUCUUAUUGAAGCAUUUCGGCUAUUUGAUUCAUUGGAGAAACUUAAUUUGAUACCAUCUGAAAUAACUUAUGCCACAUUAAUUUAUGCACUAAGUAGGGAGGGAUAUCUGGUAGAUGCCGAGCAUGUUUUCAGUAAAAUGGUUCUGAAGGGCUUUCAACCAAAAACACAAGUUUAUAAUUCACUACUUGAGGGUAUUUCAAAGUUUGGUCAAUUAGAGAAUGCGCUCGAGCUUCUAAACGAUAUGGAGACAAAAUAUAUUGAGCCUGACAGCUUGACGGUUAGUGCUGUCAUAAAUUGCCAUUGCCAAAAGGGCAACAUGGAAGGAGCACUUCAAUUCUAUUAUAAGUUCAAGAGGAAGGAUGUAUCACCUGAUUUUUUUGGGUUCUUGUACUUGAUAAGAGGAUUAUGUUCAAAGGGACGGAUGGAAGAAGCUAGGAGUGUCUUGAGAGAAAUGCUCAAAUCGAAGAAUAUUGAAGAGAUAAUUAACAUAGUUAACAAUGAGGUUGAUAAUGAGUCAAUAGGUGGCUUUCUUGCCAUUUUGUGUGAGCAAGGAAGUAUUCAAGAAGCCCUUGCAGUUCUCAAUGAAAUUGCAAGCACGCUUUAUCCUGUUCUAAGGUUAUCUACAUAUAAUCAAGGAGCUCAUGCACAGAGGAACAUUUCUGAGCUGAACGCUGGUUUACAAUCUUCAAGGCGUCUAUCCUCCUCUUGUAGAACUGGUUUGGAUUUUGGAUCUUGUGAUGGUAGCGAUGAAAGUGAUCUUACAAUAAAUAAUGAUAGUCAUGUGACAAGGUCCCGGCCACUCAAUUUCGACUUCUAUUAUUCCGUGAUUGCCACACAUUGUGCCAAAGGGGAGCUACAGAAAGCUAAUCAAGUAGCCAAGGGAAUGCUUUCCCACCUAAGUCGAGGAGCUGAACAUAAGAAAGAAGAGAGAAAAUGAAUUCUUUCAAUGUGGCAAAUUCUCUAUUUUUAAUGACAGGAGAGAUCACACAGUUGACAUCUGCAGCAUCAACCAGAUAAACAAGAAAAUGAUGUCCUAGACCUCUUGUCAUUCCAGUUUCUUUGACCGCAGAACCAGUCUGAAAAGGACAACAAGGUGCCAAUUGGAGUGCAAGGGAUCCGUAUCUGACCUGUAAGAUAUAUAAAUGAUAAUGGGAGCAGGCACUUGAUUACAUGCUAAUUGCUGCUUUAAGCUUGAAAUUAAGAAAGUCAUGCUCUGCAUUUGUGGAGAUCAAAUAUUUAGCUUCCGAUUGGGUCAGUGUGAAGCAUUGGCUUUCAGCCUUAAGCUCGUGAGGCCAUAGAGAAUUUCUUUUAUUACUUUGUCAAACAGGUAUGUUGCCUCAGAUCAUAAAUCUAAGGGAAAGGGAAGUCCGGUGCACAGCAUUCUACAUUAUGUUGCCUCAGUUAAUAGUGUAUACUCAGUUAAUUUUACGAUGCAUUUUUGAGAAAUAGCAUGGCCUUGCUCAGUUGCUGUUGACAUCAGUGUAGAAGUAUUUGGUUCUGAGCCUGCUCUCAUUCAAUGCUUAACAGGAAAUUUGGUCGCUUUGUUUUGGAAUGCAUAGACUUCCAUCAGCCACUAAGCAGUUGACAAUCAAUUCUUUGAAAGUAAACAAUCUGGUUAACAAGGUCAUAUCCGACAUUGUAACUCUGCUGAGCCAAUAAGCCGAUAACAGAAGAUCGGUUGUCGAGGCCAGUGGCACUGACUGGACCUAUAGCCAUGCAAAAUACGCUGUCUGUGAGCUGUUCAAAGAAGCUUCCUGUGUCCAAAGCCAAGUCUGCACCUUGAGCAAAAUGGAAUGUAACCACUGGAAAUCCAACUAAAUCUCUACUCACAACCCCCAAAUAGCAAUAUAGCCAGGGAUAAGUUUCGAUUAUAACUUUCCUAAAGGACCCGCCGAGGAUAUUCCUAACUUCCUUGUAUAGUAAAUUUUGCACAUCAUCAGGUAGGUAGGUGAGCGUAGAUCCUGUGUCAAUGAUGACACCACCCGCACCAUUCUCUUUUAUCUCAAAAGUUGCAGGAGCAAUGUCAAGCCUCUUUUCUCCUAUACUUAUGCCUUCCAUGGUGAUAUAAUACAUGCCACGAAGAGCUUGAAAAUGGGUUGGAUAGCCUUCAAGAUCUGCUCCUUCGCCUAGGAUCAGUUGGUUGUAAUUACUACUUUUGUCAGCUAGGCUUCCUAUGCAGUAAGAGAAUUUAUGGCCUAUUUGUGAUGCCAAAGACAUAGGUGCAUUGUUUAGUCCUAAUAUUCCAUUAUACCCUGGAUCAUUAUUGUACACAAUGUCGCGGCCACACCCGAAUUCUAUAUUUGGUAUUUGAAUGGAACCUUCGUCAGAUGUCUCAAAGACUAACGUUUCAUAGGCAAGGGUUCCCGAUGCAGAGGAAUGGUCUGCAUAAGUGAUACUGAAUGGCGACCUAUCCAAGGGGUGGCAAUUGCAGCCUCGAAAGCCGCAAGGUGUCCUGCAUAAUUGGGUGUAGGUGGAAGACUUUGAAGGGUCAAAAAGUUGACCUAAAUGCUGAUCACAAUUCGAGCAAGGGUUGCACAUAAUCCAGAAGAUUUCGCUGGCAGUGUCCAUGACAACUAGCUGUGGGGUGGGAGGUUGGCCUACCGAGAUAUUUGCCAUUAUCGUUCUACCAGACGAGGAGGGAGAAAGUUGAGUCCUAUGGUCGUUGGCAGCCAUAGUUCCUUCAAUCCUCGCAUGCAAAUACGUGACACGUGCAAUGGAAUGUUGGAUGUCGAGUUCGAUCCUUUCCUUGGCUGUUUCACUUUGGUUGUAGUGUGGAUGGUGAACAGAUCUUUGAUGAAUGAGUUUGGUGACCAAUCUUUUAGGCUUUGCAGUUGUAGCAUUUGGUAAUUUAGCCAAGGAUGUGGUUGUUGAAGAAUUGGUGCUGAUUGAUGUUGAGAAACACCAGGUUGAGAAGGUAUGAUUUGAACAAAAGAAAAUGGAUGGCAGGUUUGUAAACUAAGAGAGGUUUCAAAAGUGCUGUGCAAAUGCAUGAAUGUUGUGACAUUUUGUUUAAUACAUCCUCUGCUAAACAAUUCUGGAGAACAAGGAGCAUGUGUUAUGGUUUGAUGAUAUUUUUAAGAAGGGAAAUGUUUGUAUAUAGUGACUUCAAUUGACAUUCGAUGAUUGCAAUCUAAAUAAAUGUGGAUUUAAGUUGAACAUGCAUCGAGUGUGAUU